CUGGACUUGCCCUGCUCUCAGAGCCUGCAGUUCCAGAAAUGCCUGAGGUUGCUCUCCCCUGAGCCCUGGGUGCCUUGAGACCAAACGAGCCAGCAGGAAGAUAGCCAUUCCCAGGACUGGCUCCUCACCCCUCCCACUGUGGACCCACAGAAAACAGCUCUGCAGUACCCACUCCACACCUCCACCAAUCCCCGGCGUGCCCAGGAGGACACAAGCCGGGUCCCUGCCCAGCAUCUCCAACAUCUUCAACAUCUUCCAGGAUUCAGAGAAGCAGAGCAGGCGCUGGCCCCUGACUCAGCAGCAUGGAACUGGUCCAGGACACCUCCCGCCCUCCACUGGUCAAUGUGAAGGGGGUCCCGCUCAUCAAGUACUUUGCAGAGAUGGUGGGGCCAAUUCAGAGCUUCCAGGCUUGGCCCGAUGAUGUGCUCAUCAGCACCUACCCCAAGUCUGGCACCACAUGGUUGAGCGAGAUACUGGAGAUGAUCUAUCACGGUGGUAACCUAGGGAAGUGUCACCGGGCACCCAUUUACAUGCGUGUACCCUUCCUUGAGUUCAAAGUUCCAGGGGUCCCAUCAGGUCUGGAAACUUUGAAAGAUACACCCUCCCCUCGGCUCCUCAAGACACACUUGCCCCCGGGCCUGCUUCCCCAGAGUCUGCUGGAUCAGAAGGUCAAGGUGAUCUAUGUUGCCCGCAAUGCAAAGGACGUGGCUGUCUCCUAUUACAACUUCUACAAAAUGGCCAAGGUGCACCCUGACCCUGGCACCUGGGACAGCUUCCUGGAGAAGUUCAUGGAUGGAAAAGUGUCCUAUGGAUCAUGGUACCAGCACGUGCAGGAGUGGUGGGAGCUGAGCCGCACCCACCCGGUGCUCUACCUCUUCUAUGAAGACCUGAAGGAGAACCCCAAAAGUGAGAUUAGAAAGAUCCUGGAGUUUCUGGGGCAUUCCGUGUCAGAGGAGACCGUGGAUCACAUCAUCCAGCACACAUCCUUCAAAGAGAUGAAGAAGAAUCCCAUGGCUAACUACAGCACCCUUCCGACUGAGAUCAUGGACCACAACAUUUCUCCCUUCAUGAGGAAAGGCAUCGUGGGGGACUGGAAAUCUGCCUUCACUGUGGCCCAGAAUGAGCGCUUUGACGCCCACUAUGCUGAGAAGAUGGCAGGCUGCAAGCUCAACUUCCGCUGGCAGCUCUGAGUGGUGUCGUGGGGAGCCACUGCAGGGGGAGCAUGGGCACAAGCCUGACCUAUGACCUCAGGAAUAAAACAUGAUGUGUCCAACAAGA